AUGGAUUCAAAUAUAUUAUCAAUUAUUAUAACCUUAUUGUUAGGUGUCUUCAUACUGAAAUGGUUCUUACAAAGCGAUGCACAUCCUUCAACCGAUAGAAUAAACAGAACACAAGUGAGAGGCAGGGGUUCCACAGGUCAAAGAGCCCGAACCUCUGGUAAUGGACGUAAUGAACAUACUGUGACUCCCGAUAUGAUACAAGCCGUGCAGAACGUCGCACCAACAAUGGAUGUCGAACAAAUCAGAUAUGCUUUAAAACAAUCGGGAUCGGUGGAAAUAACUGUGGAAAGAUACCUUAGAGGUGAGAAUUUCCCAUUCCCACCAAAUUAUACGCCACCUGUUGUUCCUAAUGGAGGUCGUCAUUCAAGAGAUGAAACCAGUAAUGAUCCAAGAAAGAGAAGUAAUAUUAAGAGUGAUAAUUUAUUGACAAAAUUUAAAAUUAAUAUCAAUGAUCCUAAUUGUGAUGCUGAGUUUGAAUCCGUAGAGUUUUCUGAUUUGGAUAUGGAUCAAAGAAGAAGAUACAUGGUAUGGGAAUCAAGAAGAAAAAUGGAGAAACGUUUGGAGACUGAUUCUGAAUUGAAGUCAUUAUUAAAUGACACGCCUAUAUCUGUAUAA